UCGCUGUUCGCGCUGUGUUUCAGAGAAAACCUUCCGCCUUCUCUCUGUUUAAAGCCGUCUCUCGCAGGCCAACCCUCGACCACAUCCAACAUGCCAGGGCUGCUGCUUGGAGACGAGCUUCCUAAUUUCGAGGUGGAGAGCACUGCUGGGACAGUGAAACUCCACGAAUAUUUUGGUGAUUCGUGGGGUAUCUUGUUCUCGCACCCCAGAGACUACACCCCUGUAUGCACCACGGAGCUGGGUCGAGUCGCCAGGCUGAGCGGCGAGUUCAGCAAGCGCAACGUCAAGCUGAUCGCUCUGUCCGUCGACAACCUGGAGGAUCACCACGGCUGGAGCAAGGACAUCCUGGCUUACAACUAUGAGAAGUCUGAGGGCAACGAGUUGCCAUAUCCCAUCAUCGCAGACAGCAAGCGGGAGCUGGCUGUCACUCUGGGCAUGCUGGACCCCGUCGAGAAGGACAAAGACGGCAUGCCGGUCACUGCUCGCUCCGUUUUUAUUGUUGGGCCUGACAAAAAGCUGAAACUGUCCCUGCUCUAUCCCCACACCACGGGACGCAGCUUCGAUGAGAUCCUGCGCGUGGUCGACAGCCUCCAGCUCACCGCUCAGAAACGAGUGGCCACGCCCACCGAGUGGAUGCCCGGAGGCUGCGUGAUGGUGCCUCCCAACAUGCCCGAGGACGAGGCCGCCGCUUUGUUCCCGAUCGGCGUCUUCAGCAAGGAGCUGCCGUCUGGGAGGAAGUACCUGCGCUACACUCCAGAUCCACUGGAUAGGAAAGGCUGUGAGCCGCCACCAGCUGAACCCGAAUUACCCACGUCUCUGGAAUAACGGGCUUCUCGUGCAAAUCUAUGCGAUGAAUACAAAACGUCUUACCGUAGAAGCAGAGUUGUUCUUAUAUAACGUGUUUGUAAUGGGUUAACAGAAGUAAAUACAUUUUGCUUUCACCUUAUACAUUGUUGCGUGCGUUAAAAGGACAGUGGCACUGCAUCCAGUCUGAACUAAUAAUAAAAUAAUAAAUAAUAAAAAUCAGCCCAUUCUGUUCUGCCUGGGUCCUCCUCAUAAACAACAUCCAUGUGUUGUCAAGCAUUCCUUAAAUCCCUGUUACGCUCCUACAUUUUGCAGUAGGAUACAAAUAAACACCUCAAAAGUGGGUAAUUGAAUAAAUAAAUAAAAACUAAAAGAGCUCAAAUGUAACUGAUUUGCUGCCUUAUGUGAUGUCAACAGAGGAACUGCUCUACUCUGUGGAAGCUUGAUUUUAGGAGGUAAGAUUAAAUACCGAUUUAUAACUAAAUAGCCAAACUAAUAGAAAACUGACCGUGAUGUGUUGGCUCAAUAAAAACGGCGGCUAGCAGCUUUAAAAUAAAUUAAAUUAAAUAUUUUUCUCUCUGGUGAAACAGACGAGAUUUUAUAACUGCUUCCAACUGGGUCAAUGACUGAUGUUUAACCACUGAUUCACUUCCACUUCUCAUUCGGGGAUAUUGAUUAAUAAACCUGAGUGACAAAGUUUCGUGAUGCUGAUCUUGCUGUAAAAGCACAUGCACCGAUCCAUCAUGUGUGGUUUAAGUCACUGUAACAGGUUGGCGUAGCUUCAGCACAGUAGCAAGUUUAGCUGUUUGAGCUGAUGCUUUGUUUUCAGUGAUUCACUUUUUCAAGGGAGCGUUGAUAAAUAAUUCCUACCGGCUAACGUAAAUUAGCCGGUAGGAAUUCAAUUGAGAAUCUGUGACAAGAUUUGAAAACUGCUUUUCAGAGAGUCUCUGUACGACCGAGGUUUGAACUACUUUUUUGUACGCGCAACAAAAGUCCCUUUUUGCAGAUUUUUCUUUAAAAAACCCACCAAAAAACAAGCAAUGAAAAUCAUUUACCCCAUAACUAGGUUAUAACUGUAGCAGAUUUAGAUUUAAAGUAACCUUUAAAUUUGGAAAUAAAUACUAUGAUUUUUUUUAUUGGGCUAUCCAUGGAGUCCUUAAUCUUAUGUCAAAAUCUGUGUAAGAAGUUAAACAUUGGGGUGAUUGAAAAGAGUCUUUCCUAUAUCUCAAACUGGUAGUGCCCUAUUUUAUUUUAUUUUUUUAAAAACAAAAGAAGCCAUUUGUCCAGUGGCUUCCAGACUUUGGAACUCAUCCUUCGGACUUGAGAUGGGUGGGCUUUCUGGUCUCCUCUGAAAGGCAGAUAAAAACAGAUAUAUAUAUAUAUAGAGAGAGAGAGAGAUACAGUAUAUGCAUUGUGAACUCUUCCAGCGUUUGUACUAGUUUACUGUGAAGCAGUAAGUGGGUAUUAAAUUAAUACAUUAAAAUAAAACUUUAAAAUGUUAUAAUUUCGUUUUGAAAUUCAAGGUGGUAUGGAAAUUUAAUACGUUAACCACAGGUCUUAAAUUUUAUUAUGAAAGAACUAACCACGUAUAUGUAGUUUUAUUUCUAAUGAAAAUUUUGUCAGGCAAAAAGAAAAAAAGCGUCUUGCUCAGACGUCAUGUGAGGCGUUUAAGGCUAUUACCGCUAGCUAGUGUUGUUAGGUACGGGGUUGCCAUGGGGCAGCGACGGACGGAAGUCGUCGCCACUCGGGUGAAACCAAACACACAUAGCGACAAGAGGUUGAAGACUACAAACAGACGCCAGAAAUUUCAUAGUUGUUGUCUACAAUUCUGAAUAAUAACGCUGUAAUUAAGCAAUUAACCACACCCUGUUCUUAAAUACUCCCCCCCCUCCCACUUACUUUGGCCAUAGAAACGCCCGUCACAUUCCCUAGCAGACGCCAACUUCCCGGUCCAAUAACUGCUCGAAGCAUUAAGCUGGACGCAUUAAGUCAGCUGUGUAGGAUUUGUCGCUCCUCCUCACCGGGCCGGUCGGCGGCAUCGGCUUAUCAGCUUUGAUCUUAGGAACGCGGGCCGCGGCCUGACAGCAGAGCGCGAGGACAGCCGGGGCGAACCGAACGGGAAGGAAGGAAGGAGAAUCUGGAGCGGGACGCGCCGCUCUCCAACUGAAGGGCAUUACCCCAGUGACCCAGCUGCGACUUCAGUGAAAAGUAAGCGCAGGUGUGUCUCAAAAUUGGUAAUAUUUAUUAGGAAUGCACAUGAAGAUGAAGCAAGCAAAAAAAAAAAAAAUAAGAUACCGACUUGAACAAUAAACUGCCAGCUCA